UAAAGAGACGAGGAAAGAGAAGAGAAGAGGAGGAGAGGAGAAGAGAAGAGAAAAUGAGCGGAAGGGGGAAGCUAGUGUGCGUGACGGGUGCUUCUGGUUACAUCGCAUCAUGGCUGGUGAAGCUGCUUCUCGACCGUGGCUACUCCAUCAAUGCCACUGUUCGCGACCCCAAUGAUCCCAAGAAGACAGAACACUUGCGUUCACUGGAUGGAGCCAAAGAAAGACUUCAUUUGUUCAAAGCAAACUUGUUGGAAGAGGGAGCCUUUAAUGCUGUGGUCAGUGGGUGUGAAGGGGUUUUCCAUACAGCAUCCCCCUUUUAUCAUGCUGUCACGGAUCCGCAGGCUGAACUAAUUGACCCUGCAGUGAAGGGAACUCUUAACAUUCUUGGUUCCUGUGCAAAAACUUCCACUGUUAAAAGGGUGGUUGUGACAUCCUCCAUGGCUGCAGUUGCAUACAAUAGGAAACCUCGAACACCUGAUGUGGUUGUUGAUGAAACUUGGUUUUCUGAUCCAGAAGUAUGUACAGAGACACAGUCAUGGUAUAUGCUUUCUAAAACCUUGGCUGAGGAGGCUGCCUGGAAGUUUGCAAAGGAGAAAGGAAUUGAUAUGGUCACGAUCAAUCCAGCAAUGGUGAUUGGUCCUCUUCUGCAGCCAACCCUUAAUACAAGUGCUGCCGCAAUUCUGAACUUCAUAAAUGGAAGUCCUACGUUUGGUAAUGCAACCCUUGGAUGGGUUCAUGUUAAAGAUGUUGCUGAAGCACAUAUUCUGGCAUUUGAGGUUCCUACAGCAAGUGGAAGAUAUUGUCUAGUUGAGAGAGUUGCCCACUAUUCGGAGAUUGUGAAGAUCUUAUGCGAUCAUUUCCCUGCUAUCCCACUUCCUGAAAAGUGCGCAGAUGAUGAACCCUUUAAGCCGACGUACCUGGUAUCCAAGGAGAGAGCAAAAAGCCUGGGUGUCAAAUACAUACCGUUGGAUGUGUCCAUCAAGGAGACCGUCGAAAGCUUGAAAGAGAAGGGUUUUGCCAAAUUUUGAGUGUUGGAGAUUGCUUGUAAUGACAGACAAAAAUAAAGGAUGUGGGUACUUUUGAUCUCAUCUUCUACUCUCAUGCUUCAUAAUUUCAUUCUCUUCACUGAUGGGAAGAACUGCAAGAAUAUAGGAAGGUAGAUAGGAUCAUUCAGACAAAAGAAAAAGAACUAGACUAGUGUGAGGUGCAAAUUCCAGUAGAGUGAAAACUUGGUAUGAUCGAUGAUUUCGUAUGGAAUGAUUUAAGGACAGUAAUGAGGAUCGAUGAUUCGGAUCUUUGGACAUUUUCUUACAGUUGAAUAUGGACCACGGCUGUAUUUUCUUUACUAAGAGUCUCUUUGCUGGUUACAAAUUGAAGGAUUAGAACUUUCCCAUCAAGGAGAUUUUUAGUGGAAGGGCCAUCUGAAGUGGGGCCCCGUCAUGUUGAUGGUCUGGAUCACUAAACUAUAGGGUCAUUUUAGUUUUGAUCCUUUGUUUAACAGGGAACUUCCAUAUUGUGCAUGAAUUCCUUUCCUAAAUUAG